AUGCUUCUCUUUCGUCGUUCAGUUGCCUCAGUGGCAAGAUCACAGUUAUCAAUCUAUCGUUCAUAUGCCACCACAGUGGGUAAGAAUUCAAUCCAGCAUCAAACACCAUCUUUAGAAAACAAUCAACAAACAGAAUCAAACCGUCUUUCGAAAACAUUGACGAAAUUUUGGGAUCAAGUUAAACUUUCAAAAGUGCAAGACAAUUUAGAAAUUCAACUAGAUUCUAAAACUGUUCGUACUCCAUUAGGCCACACGCUUUCAAUCCCAUCGGAUCGUAAAAUUUUAGCAUAUUUAUUAUUGCAUGAAUGGGCAAGUUUAAGUACAUUAUCAAUAAAAACACAUUCAUUACCAUUGACUUCAUUAGCAUCACGUGUGAUUGAUUUAGAACAUGCUGACAAGACCCAGGAUUUGGAAUCACAGGCAAAAGUUGGUCGUAGAGAAGAUAUAGUGGAGGAUUUGUUAAGAUAUUUAGAUACUGAUACUUUAUUAGUGUUUGCUCCUAAAAGUGAAUAUGAAGGGAAAUUAAGAAUUACUCAAGAGGAAUUAUAUAGACCUGUUAUCUCCAAAAUUGAAGAGUUGCUUGGUGAUGAUGUUAAAUUGACUUGGUUAGAUACUGAGGUUGGAUUAACUGGUAAUAAACAAGAUGAAAAAGUUCGUGAACUUGCAAGACAAUUUUUAUUAAGUUUAGAUCAUUGGGAUUUAGUUGCCUUGGAAAAAGUUACAUUAAGUGCUAAAUCAUUAAUUUGUGGUAUUUUAGUGUUGAAAGCCAAAAGCCAAGGUGAAGAGAUUUUAAAUUUAGAAGAGAUUGCCAAAUGUGCAACUUUAGAAAUUGUUUUCCAAACUGAAAAAUGGGGUGAAGUUGAAGAUACUCAUGAUGUUGACUAUCAAGAUAUUAGAAGAAACAUUGCAAGUGCUGCGAUUUUGUCAUUUAGAGAGGAUAAAUAA